AUGAACCGGUUUCGCUCCUGGUGCAGCCUCUUAUUUGGUUAUGACUGGGUUGGGAUUCCGCUGGUCUACACCCAGGUUGUCACGCUAGCUGUCUACACCUUCUUCUUUGCGUGCCUGAUUGGACGCCAGUUUUUGGAUCCCACCAAAGGCUACUCAGGGCAUGACUUAGAUCUUUACAUUCCGAUCUUUACUCUCCUACAAUUCUUCUUCUAUGCAGGAUGGCUCAAGGUAGCUGAGCAACUUAUCAACCCUUUUGGAGAAGAUGAUGAUGACUUUGAAACUAACUGGUGCAUUGACAGAAAUCUGCAGGUCUCCCUUUUAGCCGUGGAUGAAAUGCACAUGAGCUUACCCAAAAUGAAGAAGGACAUUUACUGGGACGAUUCUGCUGCUCGACCACCGUAUACACUGGCAGCUGCUGACUACUGCAUACCCUCAUUUCUGGGGUCAACAGUUGAAAUGGGGCUGUCGGGGUCCGACCUGCCUGGCGAGGACUGGCUGUGGGAUUACGAGAAGCAUGGCCAUCGCCGCUCCAUGAUUGGAAGAGUCAAGAGGUUCCUGAGCACCCACGAACGCACCUCCAGCCCCAGGAGGAGAAGCUACAGGAGACAGGCCAGCGACAGCUCCACGUUCUUACCCCCGGGCGACCUCAGCCCAGCCAGGGACCUGCUGCACGUGCCCUCGAGAAGUCCCCACCAUGCCUCAGCCACCUGGAAGCACCACUGCACCCCAGAGGGGAGCCCCAAGCUGCACGCCAGCCUGGGAGAGCUGCCCACCCUCCGACAGGCCAGCCUGACUCCACCGUCCAGUGUGAGGGGCUACCCCACCAAACCGCCGCGGGUCCCUGAGGUACUGGUCACAGCAGCCGAAGCGGCAGUGUCCAGGGCAGAGGACGACCACCACGACUCCACUGCCUCUAUCCAGAGCUCUGACUUCACUGGGGUUCAGCCGAGCAGGACUGGGCAGCAGGAGGACCCUGUGGGGUCAGUCCCGUUCCCCUCAGAGAAAGGGGCACCUUCUAGGGACCCCAGUUUCCAGACUGUUCCAGCCAAAGCUGAGAGAAACCUCCUCCAGUUUGCCUCUGAGGAGGACCCUCAUGAGAGUGACAAGUCCCCAGAAAGGUGGAGCCUCCCGAGGUUGGUGGAGUCCAGCCGCACCUCCCUGGCAGGCCUAAGUCUGGAUCCCGUGAGCCCUGAGCCAGUUCCUUUACUUGACACAGAAACAUCCUCAGAGACCGGUGGAAUCAACAUUGUGGCUGGUUCUCGAGUCUCUACUGAUGUGCUGUAUUUAAUGGAAAACCUGGACACCAAGGAAACGGAUAUCAUAGAGUUUAACCACGAGCAAACAGAGGAGUCACCCAAAGGAAGGCCAGAAAGUUCUAGGACCUGGCUCUAG